GUGGAACUUUGUCGCCGUCAUCCUCCAGAAUUUCUUCCUCAGUGCGCCGUACGGUCGCAAUUGGAGCUGUAAGUGGACUCUGCCGGACGCGGCGUCCCAACGGCGUAUCGAUCCAUGCUAACCCACGUACCUUCUCUAGUCUUGUGGACUUCCAACCACGCCAAGGGAUGGCAGGUCGUCAUCCUGUGCAUCAUCUUCUACGGCUUCGUCUGGGCCGGCUUCUUGUUCAUCGUCAGCCGCUAUUUCAAGUCCCACAGCUGGUUCCUCCCGGUGUUCGCGUGCGGCCUCGGGGCCCCUCGCUGGGCCCAGAUCUGGUGGGGUGUCUCCGGCAUCGGCUACUUCCUGCCCUGGGUGUCCGGCGGCUAUGUCGGCGGGGCCCUGGCCUCGCGGAGUCUCUGGCUCUGGCUGGGCGUGUUGGAUUCGAUCCAGGGUCUCGGCUUCGGUAUCAUCCUGCUGCAGACCCUGACUCGCAUGCACAUGCUCUUCACCCUGAUCUGUUCGCAGGUCCUUGGUUCCAUUGCCACCAUUUGCGCCCGGGCUUUUGCCCCCAAUAACAUUGGCCCGGGGCCGGUCUCCCCAGACCCUACUUUCGGCGGGAGCUCGGUUGCCAACGGGUGGUUCUGGGCCGCCCUCAUCUGUCAGCUGUUGAUCUGGUAAGUCUUCCACCUCCUUGACGGUGGUGCCUCUUGAAAUAGAUUCUAAUACGUGCUUUUUUAGUGCUGGCUUCCUCCUCUUCUUCCG